AAAGAUUAUUUUUGUAGCCAAAAAAAAAAAAAAAAAAAAACUAUAAAGAUUAUAUUUGAGGACGUUGAAUUUCUCAAUCCAAAUUCUUGUACAUGGUACAGUCUUGGGAAAACAGACUUUAUUGCUUCCUACCAAUAUCUACCUGCCAAAACCCAAAAACCAUCCUUCUUGUUCUGCCUUCAUAUCAUAUUCAUAUGUUUCACAGGCAAAGCCAAGCAAACGAAGAAAACCAAGAGAUUUCAAAUUUGGAUCUAAGGAGUUGCUGUAGAAGUCUAAAUGCAAUGAAGUGUUUCUACUAUUUCAAGGAUAGAGGAAGGAGCAGGGAACGAAGAUCAGCACCAGAGUUGAAAGAGAGAAAGAAAUCUGAUUGUUCAGCAGGUGAUAGGAUCACGAAGUCUUCCUGCUCAGCAAAUUCUCCACGUGGAAUACCGGAAUUAUAUGAGGAGAAAGCGCAUAAUUUGCGGGUAUUCACCUUUGCUGAGCUCAGAAAUGCAACUCAUAAUUUCAGUAGGCUGCUUAAAAUUGGGGAAGGUGGAUUUGGGAGUGUCUACAAAGGUUCAAUUAAGCCUGCUGAUGGCAACGGCGAACAGGUCGUUGUCGCCAUUAAAAAGCUUAACAAGGAUGGGUUGCAGGGUCACAAACAAUGGGUAGCAGAAGUUCAAUUUCUUGGUGUUGUGGAGCACCCAAAUCUUGUCAAACUCAUAGGAUACUGUGCUAUGGAUGGAGAAAGAGGGAUCCAAAGACUACUUGUCUAUGAGUAUAUGCCAAACAGAAGUUUAGAAGAUCAUCUUUUCAAUAAAGCAUAUGCAGCUCUUCCCUGGGAAAAAAGAUUAGAGAUAGUGCUUGGAGCGGCUGAAGGAUUGGCUUAUUUGCAUGAAGGAUUAGAAGUUCAGGUGAUAUAUCGGGAUUUUAAGUCGUCCAAUGUUCUAUUGGAUGAGAAUUUCAGACCAAAGCUGUCAGACUUUGGACUCGCUAGAGAAGGGCCAAUGGCAGGGCAUACUCAUGUUUCAACUGCAGUAGUUGGAACGUACGGAUAUGCUGCUCCAGAUUACAUCGAAACAGGCCAUCUCACUGCAAAGAGUGAUGUCUGGAGUUUUGGUGUUGUGUUGUAUGAGGUUCUCACUGGCAGGCGAUCAUUGGAGAGAAAUCGACCAAGGACAGAGCAGAAACUUUUGGAAUGGGUUAAACAGUUCCCUCCUGAUAGCAAAAAGUUUAGCUUGAUAAUGGAUCCACGACUUGAAAGCCAGUAUUCUUCUAGUGCAGCCAGAAAAAUUGCCAAGUUAGCCGACAACUGCCUGUUAAAGAGUGCGAAAGAUCGACCGACGAUGAGUCUAGUGGUAGAGACAUUGAAGCAUAUUAUGCAAGUUCCAGAAGAUGGAAACUCAGCUGAGAAUGAGAUAAGUCCUGAGUCCAUCGAAAACAACCAGAUUGACUCAGAAACAAAGCCAAGGCGAGUAGAAACCACAGAAUCAUGGAAAAGAAGGAUGACACACCUGGAAAAGCUGGGUGAGCAAGUGGAGAGUGCUAGCAGAAGAAGAUUCAUGAUCAUGCAGAGAGCCAAAGUUACUUGAUAGUAGCAAUUUCCACAGCACAGUUUCAUUUCAAUUGGGUUUAUGCUAUGGACCUAUGGCUUCUUUCUGAGACAAAUAUGGAAAUUGCUACAUGUAAAAGAACCAUGGAUUGUUUGGUUGAUGACCCUGCACUUGAAAAUGGAACUUCUAUGGAUUUGAUGUGCAGGCUUUGUAAAGAUGGUAGGCCGUUACUAUGUAUAGUUGUAAUGAGAAUUUGUUAGGUUCUUUAUUCUCUUUUUCUCUUAAUUGGUGCUUCAUCAUAUGUCAAUCUCAUAAACUUAGAAUUA